CUAAAGGCAUGUUGUCCAAGCUAGUAUUCCUUCUGACUCUCCUAAUCAGCUUAGUAGCCUCCGAAGAUACCAACUUCACCUACCUCGGGUUUCAAUCGGCAAAUCUAAGCCUUGACGGCAUAGCCGAGAUCACUUCUACUGGCCUUUUGAAGCUCACUAAUGAAACCAAACAGCAAAAGGGUCUUGCUUUCUUCCCCAAUCCAAUAACUUUCAAGAACUCGUCGAAUGGCCCCGUUUCCUCCUUCUCCACGACCUUUGUAUUUGCUAUCUUUCCUGAAUAUCCCACUUUGAGCGGUCAUGGAAUUGCUUUCGUGAUGGCUCCCACAAGAGGGCUCCCAGGAGCUCUGCCAAGCCAGUGGUUUGGCCUAUUCAAUCGUAGCAACAAUGGUAAUGCCACCAAUCAUGUUGUCGCCAUAGAGCUCGAUACCCUCCGGAACAGCGAGUUUGGUGACAUCAAUGAUAACCAUGUUGGAAUUGAUAUUAAUGGGUUGAAGUCCGAGAAAUCAAUUGCCGCAGGAUAUUAUGCUGAUAACAACGGUGGGUUUACGAACCUGACUCUUAUCAGCGGCCGCCAAAUGCAAGUUUGGGUGGAAUAUGACGGUGUCGAGAAGAAAAUCGAGGUCACUUUGGCUCCAAUUAAUGUCGGGAAACCCAAAACUCCGCUCUUGUCUUUGUCCUAUGAUAUUUCACCCGUCAUUGAAGACAACAUGUAUGUUGGCUUCGCGUCCUCAACUGGCUCAAUUCUAACAACCCAUUAUGUUUUGGGUUGGAGCUUUAAGGUGAACGGCCUGGCUCCAGAGCUUGUUCUCUCUCAACUUCCCAAGCUGCCUCGUAUAGGAGGUAAACCCAAAUCUAAAUUUUUAACAAUUGGGUUGCCUGUGAUUAUUGUUAGUGUAGUCUCGGUAGCAAUUUCAGCUUUAGUUUAUGUCAUAAGAAGGAAGAGGAAGUUUGAAGAAUUGCUAGAAGACUGGGAGCUUCAAUAUGGGCCUCACAGAUUCAAAUACAAAGAUCUUUAUAUUGCCACAAAAGGAUUUAGAGAGAAAGAGCUGUUGGGCACUGGUGGAUUUGGUAGGGUGUAUAGAGGUAUACUACCUACCUCAAAAAUUGAGAUUGCAGUGAAGAAGGUCUCCCAUGAAUCAAGGCAGGGAAUGAAACAAUUUGUUGCAGAAAUUGUAAGCAUUGGUCGGCUUCGUCACAGGAAUUUAGUUCCACUCUUGGGGUAUUGCCGGCGCAAAGGAGAGCUGUUUUUGGUGUAUGAUUACAUGCCUAACCGCAGCCUAGACAAGUACCUCUUCGACCAACCUAAGGUUACCCUGAGCUGGAGCCAAAGAUUUCGAGUAAUCAAAGGUGUGGCAUCGGGGCUGUUUUAUCUACACGAAGAAUGGGAGCAAGUUGUUAUUCAUAGAGAUGUAAAGGCUAGUAAUGUCUUGCUAGAUGGUGAAUUGAAUGCCAAAUUAGGAGACUUCGGUCUUGCAAGAUUAUAUGACCGUGGAACUGCUCCUCAAACUACCCAUAUGGUUGGAACUCUUGGGUAUCUUGCGCCGGAGCAUAGUCGAAGUGGCAAGGCCACGCCAGGCACCGAUGUGUUUGCUUUCGGGGCAUUUUUGCUUGAAGUUGCUUGUGGAAGGAGACCAAUAGAGCCUAGGGGAGCAACAGAUGAUGUCCUUUUGCUUGAUUGGGUGUUUUCUCAUUGGAACCGAGGCGAAAUUCUUGAGGCAAGAGAUGUGAGUUUGGGUGCAGAUUAUGUAGCGGAGGAAGUAGAACUGGUUUUGAAACUUGGGUUGCUCUGCUCUCAUUCAGAGCCUGCGGCUAGGCCAAGUAUGCGCCAAGUUGUGAAGUUCUUGGAGGGUGAUUUCCCUCUUCCAGAGCUAUCAUCGCUUGGCCUUUGUGCUAGGGGCCUAACAUUUGCGCAUAAUAAGGGAGGUAGUUUCAGUGAUUUUGCCAUGUCUUAUCCGUCUUCAAGGGACAGGUUCUCGCAGUCAUCUUUUGCUGCAGAGUCGCUUCUUUCUGGAGGUCGCUGAUUCUAAAAUCUUUUGUUUGAGUUUGUUAGUAGUGUGUGAGCUUUUGAGUAAUGAUCUUUGAUAGGAUUUCAGAUUUGCAGUAAAGUAGUAGAUAGUUUGUUUUAUGGCACUGCAGUAUGAAAAAUGCUUACAUUUGUUGAUGUGCAAACAAGAACAAGAUGAGCUCUCUCGCUCAAUGGGGCCUUCUGAGAUCAUAUAUUUUGCAACUUUUCAUGCUCCACAAUAAUUGAGCAGU